CACCUGCGUACCAUGACCGUCCGAACUGUGUGCGUUGUGGUGCUUCAUGUAUGACCAAACUGAUGGGAUCUGACAGGACCCUUGCGGUGAGCCUAUAUCUACCGUAGAUUAGCCGGAUGGAACUUCAAACUUACUGUGUUCGCCCUCGCCGUUGCUAAAAAAUUGACUUGAUCUCUUAAUUGACUUCAGGAAAACCUUCCAUCGCUUACGUUUACAAAGAUGCCAUGAGCCUUCAAGAACAUGCCCAUCCACUUGUCGGCGUCUUUUACAGCUGAUAUUUGUUUCUAAUUUAGAUGAGAUAUUAUCCUCUAUUGUUUUUUUGUGGGUAAAAACACCCACAAAUGAUUGGUAAAGCACUUAAAUGUCAGCGUAUCCUGAACAUAGAUUGACUGUUUAACUCCGUUCUCGCUUGAUCAUUGGUGUUUGUGUCACUGACUUGAGCUUAAUUCUACCAAGCAAGUCAAAAUACGAAAGUUUCUGAUGGAUAUCAGUUUUUUAAAUACAUUAAGUGUCCUGGUUGUAUUAACAUCCAGCGUAAAGCAAGGAUUGGCGGUGACAGACUGCAUAUCAUCACCCUGUGAAAAUGGAGCAACCUGUGUGCCUCUUCAAGGUGGCUACGAAUGCAACUGCCUCACCGAGUACUACGGAGACAGAUGCGAGAACCUGAACCCGUGUCUUAAAUUCGACUUCUGCGCAGACCGUGGCAAUUGCAGCAGUAUCCAAGGCUCCUACUGGGACUGCGACUGCUUCCCGGGAUACCUGGGCUACAAGUGUAAGCACAUCGACUCAUGUGCUUCGAGACCCUGUCCAGAAGGCACGACGUGUCAGAAUGUGUGGCCAAGCUCCUACAGAUGCAUCUGCGAGCAGCACGGGUACUACGGAGCAGAGUGUGACAACUUCAAUGCGUGCUCGAGUUCGCCAUGUACGAACGGAGGGAAGUGCCUCCACAUCUCAAGUCAGGAAUACAACUGUGACUGCAACCCGGACGGGGACGUGACCGGGUACUACGGCCAGAAUUGUGAGAACUUCGACCCCUGUCUACCCGAUCCGUGCAACGAAUUCGGAGGAACGUGCAGAAACAUUUCAGACACCGACUACUUCUGUGAAUGCUUUCUCGGAUUUCAUGGGAAUUUCUGUUCCAGUUAUGACGUGUGCAUGACGUCACCGUGUCUGAAUGAUGGUGUCUGCGAAUCGUACAACAAUGGAACCAACUAUACGUGUUACUGUCCACCUAUAUAUCAGGGAUCCCACUGUGAACGAUUACGACAAUGUCUUGGUGAUGUGACAGUGGAUAUCAAGGGUAUCAUAGGUUGGCCUGAUAUCGACGUGGGAACUAACACCAGCUCACAGUGUGCGUCAGGUGGGAAUAACGUGACCCGCCAUUGCUACUUCGACGAAACAAAGAGUGCUGCAAGGUGGACGUUCCCAGAUACGUCGGAAUGCGAGAAAGCGAAUUUGACCAAUGAAGUUGCGGCUACAAUGACGUCAUACCUUCGGGAUUCAACCGGAAGUAAUCCUGCUGAGAUGGGAGACUCGGAGGUUUCUUCUGCUUCGGAACUUCUUGAUGCAGUGGUCGAAUUUUCUUACGAACAACAAGAGAUGGCUGGAAAUAUGAUGGAAUGCGUAAGCAAUCUUUUGGAAGUGGAAGAUCAUGUUUUGGAGUCGAGUGCACGGAAUUCGGGAGCUGAUACCAGGUUACUAAACUUGCUGAAAAGUUAUGCUUCUAAUGCGGUCCUAGAUGAGAAUGUGGAUGACGUGACCUUUGACACCAACAACCUCAGGUACAAAGUUCAAAAGGUUGACCCGAGCGUGUUUAGAGAAUUCGAGAGUACCACCUACACCGCUCACUUUGGCAAUGGCACCGAUGAGUCGAACGGUGUGUCUAUUUACCUUCCGCAUUCGAUCAUCCCUCCCGAUUCUUUCGCUGCCUCCCACGGACUGCGUAUGCGGUUCACGGCUCUGAAGAACAGCAAAAUCUUCGUCAACAACGAUACCGAACAGCACUCGGUAAUCGAUGCGGACAGUCAGUUUAUCAUAUCUGCCGAACUAACGAAGUAUCGGGUCAGCGAUCUCAACGUGCCCAUCGAAUACAGCGUGCCUACACCGAAGGACGGGAGAAAUUACACAUGUGUUUACUGGAAUACUGCUGAGAAACGCUGGUCGCGUCAUGGACUAAAGGAUAUUUCAUCUGAUGUUAAUACCUCUUAUUGCUCAUCUAAUCAUCUUACCUACUUCGCGGUCAUUCUGGACACUGGUUAUUCUGAGCCGAUCCUCGAGGAACAUCAUCUCCCUCUUCAGAUCAUCUCCCAUCUUGGGACUGCUUGUUCUGUCUUUGGUCUCGUCGCUACUAUCAUCACAUACUCUAUCUUCAAAAUCUUACGACGCACCUCGUCUGGAAAGAUACUCAUCCAUCUCAGUACCUCCCUCCUCGCUCUCAACAUCACUUUCGUUAUUGAUACCGUCUCCAUGGUGACAGACUCCAGGGUGGGAUGUAAGGUCCUGGCCAUGUUGCUCCAGUAUUUCGUGCUAACGACCUUCCUCUGGAUGGCCAUGGAGGCAGUAAACAUGUACCGGACGUUGGUGCAGGUUUUCCAGAAGAAAAGCGCCACGCAUUUUGUCUUGAAGGGAGCGGUGAUAGCCUGGGGAUUACCCAUUGUUCCUAUAAUCAUCACCGCCACAUUGGACAUCGAUCUUUAUCGGAAGCUCCCUCUCAACGAAAUAUGCAUGAUUUCCACAUCUAAUUCCUACCUGUACUACGGAGGAUACCUCGGUCCGUGCUGCGUGCUUCUCUUGGCAAACUUCAUCGUGUUUUCCAUGAUCCUCCGAACAGUAUGCGCGUCAAAGAAGGAUCUUCAUCAACGCAGUAAGCGCGUUCGUCGUACCCAGAUCGGCUGUGCCUUGAGCGUUACAUUCCUCCUGGGUAUCACCUGGGUUCUAGGAUUCUUCGCCAUCCAGAGUACAACCCUUGUCUUCACCUACUUGGUGUGUAUCAUCAAUCCGCUUCAGGGGUUCUUUAUAUUCCUGUUCCGGUGCGCCCUCUACCCCGAAGCCUUACGGUCUUGGACCAUCUUCUGCACCAAGCACACGACCAAUGUGGAGAAGCAACAGCGCAGUUCCUCGCAGGCGGUUGGCCGCAGGAACACCAUCAGUUCGGGGGACAAGGUGGGGAACGGCAAGAAGUACAGCAACGACUCCGAGAAGCUCAUUAACGGCAGGGGUAGAUCUACGUCUAGUUCGAAGAAGAAUUCACAGUCGGAGAGUGUUGUGACGAAGGGUACGGACAUGACGUCGGUUCAUUUCUUUGGCGGGUUGAAGCAUGAGAAUUUUGACAAUGUCAACUCAAACAACAGCAGCCGAAGGAAGAUCACAGACAUACGAUUCAUCAAUAUCAAGGUUAAGGAUAGUACUAGCUAGAGCAGAGUUUGCUGUCUUGAUGUUCCGUCAACCUACCAUCAAAACGGAUUUGCUUUAAUUUGAAAUCGCCUUUCUUUGUGUUUUAACUGUAUUUCUGUCCUUAAGAGAGUUGUUCCAAAAAGGCAUAUGUUUUGGUAUCUUUGAAUUCUGUGGUCGGAAAAAGAAAUCCAUCUCUAUAAACUUGUCCUAGUUCGUUAAUUUCUACUACUCGCUGUUUCUAGAGAAUGCUUUCAAAUUUUCAAAA